CUCAACUGCUGGGUACUUGGCGAUGAUGCUAGCCGAGUGUUCCCGGUGGAAAUUUCGAAUGCAAAGCCUGUUGGUGCCCUCAAGGAAGCAAUCAAAGACAAGAAGAAGGUCACUCUCCAACAUGUUGACGCAGACGCCCUCACGCUUUGGAAUGUUUCCAUCCCAGUCGACGACGGUUUCGAGGAGAAGGUU